UGUACUGGGAUAUUUGUCCAAACAGGAGCACAUUCUUGUGUGCAAGAAGUUAACAUGGAGAGACACUGGUCUGCAGUUUGUGCAUUGAUUUUAGCCCUUGGUGCAUAUGUGCACUUUAACACAGUUUUUGCUGCAGAAGCUGAUCGCAAUUUAACAGUGAUUCUUCCAAAACCAGGCCACUGCCCACGUCGCCUUAAUGUUGUCCCAUCACAUAAGGGGUGUGUGUGUGAUGAAGACUGUCCUGCAGACCACAAAUGCUGUGUCUUUGACUGUGGAGCUGUCUGUGUCCCUCCAGCUUUCACAAAGCCAGGAGUGUGUCCACGCAGGCGCUGGGGCGCAGGGCUGUGUGCUGAAUUUUGCUCUAAUGACAGUGACUGCCCCACUAAUGAGAAAUGCUGCCACAAUGGAUGCGGACAUGAGUGCAUUGCGCCGUACACAGUGAAGCCGGGGCGCUGCGCUCUGCCCCAGGGAACCCCCAUGUGUGCUGAGUACUGCUAUCAUGACGGUCAGUGUCCGGGAGAGCAGAAGUGCUGCAGGACAACCUGCGGCCACGCCUGCAGUGAGCCCUGCUGAUGGGACAGCUGGUUGGACUCGGCUGCACGGGUGCACCUGUUCGGUUUCAACACAGAAAAUGUAUUAUGUUCACUGUAUCUAACUUUUCAUAGUAGCACUCUUUGGUACAAUAUUUGAGCACUGGUCUGCACAAAGUCUGAUUCUUUGGGUUGAUAAAGUGAAGUGCUUCCCUUAGUAUCGUUAUAAGGUUAUUUUCCGUACCGGUACUUUAAGUACAUACAAAAAUCAGCAAGAUUUUGUGAAUACUUUCUUGAUUAAGUAAUAUACUCUACACUUGGCAAAGCAAGAUCUAUAGAGUAAUCUGUUGGUCUGUUGUUCUGACACAGUCAGAAGGAUUGUCCACUAACGUUUUCUUUGAAUCUUGUUGUCCUCAUAAGCCAAUCUGAUGAAACUUUGUUAUAAAGAAGAAGAGGUCACUUUGGAGAACACCCCUCAACUGUAAAGGGAUUAGUUGUCAGGGAACCACUCAUAGUCUUCAAAAGACCUGCAUUAUGAUCCUAUUUUAACGUGAUUAGUUUACAGCUUAAGUAAUCUUACUUUAAUGUCUAUAAUAUUUUGGUCAAGUAGGAGUAUUUCUGUAUGAGUAGUAGCACUGUAUAUUCUAAAUGUUCUAAAUGGAUGAAAAAUGUCCUAUACAGGACUUUUAUAUCUGUUCCUCAUGCAGUUUGAAGGUAUGGAGCAUUUUCUAUUUCUUUGUAUUACAAUAAAAAAAACAUAUUUCCAGUA